AUGCGCAGUGGGCACAGAGCAUCACCGAGGCGCGCGGACGGCAGCACAUCUUCGCAGCAUCCGCGGCUCAGGUCCACAAACAUGACAAAAGAGGAGGAACUUGUGACAGAGAGACAGGAGGAGGAGGCGGUCCGGAGGAGUGAGGACGGAGACACAGAGGACGAGCAGGAGGAGCCUGAGGUGGACAGAGACGAGCCAGAGGACGCACAGGAGGAGCCAGAGCCGGAGGACAGGGACAUGCAGGAGGAUGGGGAGGAUGAGGGGGAUGUGCCUGCAGAUGAGAGGGACAUGCCAGAGGACCAGUCUCUCCCUGAGUAUGUCCCUGUGGACCCAGGGCAGGAGAGACGUCGACCCAAAGUACACCCCUCUGCCCUCGCCCCACUGCCCAAAGACUAUGCCUUCACCUUCUUUGACCCCAAUGACCCCGGCUGUUACCAGAUCCUCACUGACCCCCAGACCACCGUCCCUCAGCUGUUUGCUAUUGUCAGGCAGUGGGUCCCCCAGGUGCAGCACAAGAUCGACAUCAUCGGCUCUGAGAUUCUGAAGCGCGGUUGUCAUGUGAACGACCGCGACGGGCUCACAGACAUGACCCUGCUCCACUACAGCUGUAAGGCCGGGGCCCACGGAGUCGGGGAGCCAGGGGCCGCUCUGCGCCUCACCUCACAGCUCUUGUCUCUGGGGGCUGAUGUGAGCCUGAGGAGCCGCUGGACAAACAUGAACGCUCUGCACUAUGCUGCGUACUUUGACGUCCCCGAGCUCAUCCGCGUGCUGCUGCGAGCAGCCAAGCCUAGAGUGCUGAACUCCACAUGCAGUGACUUCCACUAUGGCACAGCCCUCCACAUCGCAGCCUCUAACCUGUGCCUGGGGGCUGCCAAGUGUCUGCUGGAGCACGGGGCCAAUCCCACUGUCCGGAAUGAGCGGGGCCAGGUGCCUGCAGAGGUGGUCCCGGACCCCAUGGACAUGAGCCUGGACAAGGCCGAGGCAGCGCUGGUGGCCAAAGAGCUGAGACAGAUCCUCCAGGACGCGCUUCCUCUGAGCUGCAACCUGCCCCGCGUGACUCUACCCAACUACGACAACAUCCCCGGCACUCUCAUGCUCUCCUCCAUGGGCCUGAAGCUGGGCGACCGGGUGCUGCUGGACAAUCAGAAGGUGGGCACUCUCCGGUUCUGCGGGCCCACAGAGUUUGCCAGUGGGCUGUGGGUGGGGGUGGAGCUAGAUGAAGCUGAGGGGAAAAACGAUGGCAGUGUAGGGGGAGUCCGCUACUUCAUCUGCCCCCCCAAACUUGGUAUCUUCACUCCAGUGUCUAAGAUCUCCAAAGUUGAGGUCCAGACACCCUCCUCGGUCACCUCCACCCCCCGCACUCCACACAUGGACCUGGCCUCUCGCCUCGCUGCCAAGAUGAAGAAGGAGAAGGACAAGAAAGAGAGAGACAAGGACAAAUGGCAGAGGAAGAAGUCGUCCUGUGUGCCUCCAGAAGGGGGCGUGGCGGAGCUGGGAGACCACGUGCUGGUAGCAGGACAGAAGCUGGGAGUAGUGCGGUUCUAUGGGAAGACAGAGUUUGCCCCAGGUGACUGGUUUGGUAUCGAGCUGGACAAACCCACAGGCAAACAUGACGGCUCUGUGUUUGGAGUGCGCUACUUCAGCUGUCUGCCCAAAUAUGGCGUGUUUGCCCCGCCAUCACGAGUUCAAAGAAUCGGGGGCCCCAAAGACGCCUCACAGAACGACUCCAUGGUUAAAAAGGUUCACCAAGUUACUAUGUCACAACCCAAGCGCAACUUCAACACACUGCACUCUCCCAAGGAUCUGACCUCCGACAGCUCCAUAUCCAGAUUACUGUUCUGCUGUUGGUUCCCCUGGAUGCUCCGCGCUGAGAUGCACUCCUAACCUCCCCCUCCCCUCUCCACUGGGCCCCCCCUCGGGCCCCCCUCACACCUGUGUCAUUGUGUUUGAGACAGUCCUCUUACUAUAGCCAUUUGUCAGCAGAUUAGUGCCUUGUAUCAGACACACACCACACGGCUACACAUGCACAGCUCUGAAGGACAAGGAGAACCACAGAUGAGCUUAGAGCAGACAGUACAGGGGAAUCUGUUGGCCCUUAUAGAGCUCGCGAUCAAACGGCAGAACUUCAUGUUAUUGGCAAAAUGUACAAAAUCUCCAUAGAGAUGCAUUAUCUCAAUGUCAGAAUACAUUUAAAGAACAUAUUAUGCAUUCUUGUUGUUUUAAUUCUCUUUUAAGCAUGAUUUGGUCACACUGGGAUAGGUUUUCUUAAUUUCAUAACUUAAAAUAAUGUCUGCAUUUGGAAAAUAUAUUUUAGAAACUUCACCUUUGUUUCCAGUGAGGCAUUUAAGUGUUAGAGCUUCCUCUGCUGUCAUAGGAAUGAGCAAUGGCAAAGUAAACAAGCCCUUUUCCCUAUGAAUUUAAGCGCAGAUUGAGUCUGAUGAUGGUUUAUGGACUUAAAAACUGCACAGGAGAAGUCUAGAUUUUUAACUGUGAUGCAACAAUCCAGACAAAAUGCGAACAGAGCAUUUUUGAGUGCUCAUUUUGCAUACUUUGUAAUAAUGGAUUAAACAAAAAUAUAACUCAAGGUAUGUUUUUGAUGACGGGCCAACAGUAUAACAUGGUUAAAA